AUGUCUCUUUCAAUACUUGUCCGCUUCCUUUAUUUGGUGUUGUUCAUAGUAUUUGUGGAUGGCCAAUGCCUCGAUGAUCAACAAAAGUUGUUACUUGAGCUCAGGAGCGAAUUCAAAUUCAACUCCUCCAUUUCACAGGGUUUAGAGCAUUGGAAUGGGACAGGUGAUUGUUGUGAAUGGAAGCGCGUGAAAUGCGAUGACUCGGGUCACGUUAUCAGUUUGCUCCUCAACAGCGAGGGCAUCUCCGGCAGAAUUGGUGAGUCAUCAGCUCUUUUCCGGUUGACAUACUUGUCGAGGCUUGACCUCUCAUCCAAUGACUUCACCACAACUGAGAUUCCUAACCAAUUCCAUCGUCUCCCAAAUUUGGUAUACCUUGAUUUGUCAGAGUCUGGUUUCAAGGGACCAAUUCCAUCCACGCUGGCCAACCUAACUCAGCUAGUUGAACUCUACUUACCGAGUAACUUCCUCACUGGUUCGAUUCCUUCAUUUCAUAACUGCAAGAAUCUUGAAUCCAUAAAGCUUAGUGAUAAUAAUUUAAUGGGCUCACUUUCUCACUUGCAUUUUCAAGGUCUUACAAACCUCACUUCAAUUAAUUAUCUCUAUCUAUCCAACAACCAAUUCAGUGGACAAAUCGAAGAAAUUUCCAUUAUAGAGUUUCCCUUACUCCGUCCAGACGCAAACGCAAACGAAAACGAAUCUGAUUAUUAUUUUGCCAAUUUCUUGUUUCUCGCAAACAAUAGGCUAACCGGAGUAAUUCCAACCUCUAUAUGCAGUAUACCUGUACUUAUGGUUCUCGACUUGUCUUUCAAUAACUUAAACGGCAGCAUACCUCCCUGCCUACUGCAAGAAAGUUAUUACCUUCAAGUUCUCAAUAUUAGGGGAAACAACAUUAACGGUGUCAUCCCUGAUACAUUUAAUUGGGAGUGUGGGCUAAAAACCUUUGAUGUUAGUGACAACAACUUAGGAGGGAAGAUUCCCAAGUCUUUGGCAAAUUGUGUAGAAUUAGCGGUGAUGAAUGUUGGAAACAACAACUUUGAUGAUAGUUUCCCUUGCAUGGCGCUGCCGGAGAGCUUGAAGGUUCUUGUGUUGCGCUCCAACAGAUUCCAUGGAGAGUUGAGAUGUGGUAAGAGUUGGCCUGAGCUUCAAAUUUUGGAUAUAUCUUCAAAUCAUUUCAGUGGCACUCUGGAUUCCCUAAACUUCUCAAGCUGGAGAGGAAUGAUGCUACAAAGUCAGGCACAUUUAAGGCGUUCAGCCUCCGAUAUUUUAAGUGCAAAUGAUUUAUAUCGGGAUGAGGUGACACUAACUUUGAAAAAUGUAGAGGUGAAGCUUGUGAAGAUUUGGCCUGACUUUACAUGCAUUGAUUUGUCUUCCAAUCAUUUUGAGAAAGAAAUACCAGAUGCAAUUGGUAGUCUCACCUCACUCUAUCUUCUCAACUUAUCACACAACUCUCUCACUCAUGCAAUCCCGAUAUCAUUGGGUGCCUUGACUGAGCUUGAGUCGCUCGACCUCUCAUCAAACAAGCUCACCGGGAGAAUACCAGAUGAGCUCACAAAACUCGAUUUCCUAUCAUUCUUGAAUCUGUCUUACAAUCAUCUCACUGGACCCAUCCCAACUGGCCGCCAGUUUCAAACAUUUUCAGAAGAUUCAUUUGAAGGAAACGCGGGGUUAUCUGGAUUCCCACUCAACGGAAGUGUCAACAACCGUCGCCCACCCGGUCCAUCGCCAUCAGAGGAUUCAGAACCAAAAGAGGAGGAGAUUGAGUGGGAAUAUGUGUUUGCUGCGUCUGGUUAUGUUGUGGGAAUAGGAUGCGUCGCGUGGACACUGUUAUGUUGCAGGAGCUUGAGAGAAAGAUACUUUGAGAAGAUAGAAGAGGUUGCUGACAAGAUAUUCUUUGAGAGAGGAAGGAGAAAAAGAAGACAUGAAAGAAGAGUAAGAAGAAGAAGAGAAGAGAAGAAUGCGGUUAGAAGAAGGCAUCAUCAGUGA